GAACCUCGGACCGCAGGAAGGCUUCCAAAAGAAUCAACCACAAACAAAGGCACGUUGUUUCCGUCUCGACCAGGAAUCACUCUUCUGUCGUUCCAACGUUCAACGAUGGCGGCUGUAUCUCUGUCUUCGUCGCCAAUAACCCAAGUAUCGCAGACACCCGUUGCAGCGCAUACAAUCCAACCGCAGCUGCUAACACGACUCUUAUUGGAUCUACGAGGGCGACGGUUCGAGGUUGACCGGGAAACCAUCAUGAACCUACCCGAAUCUGUGUUGCUAUGCCUGUUUCCGAAUGGUCUGGUAUUGAGCCGGCAGAGCGUUGCCGUAGAUGGUGGCGACGGUGAGGAAGAAGAGGAAGUGUAUGCAGUAGACUUCGACCCCGACUGCUUCCAGUACGUGCUGUCUUUUUUCAGGAAUGCCUCGGAGACAUUCUACGGGACGUCCAACUCUCCUGGGUUGUUCGCUGCCCAGCAGCACCUCCAAGACCUGCCAGCCUCGCCCGAUUUUGGCCCACCGCCCUCGCAGAACCCGCUCAUCUCCAAGCAGGCUAUCAUAGUCCUACGAGAAGAGCUCGAGUACUUUGCCAUACCGCCAAAAAACGGCGCGGCAGCUACAGACGCGAAUGGUAUAGCAAACCAACCUAUGGUGGAUUUGAAGUUCCAGUGUGGGCAGUAUUUGAUGGACAAACGUAAUAUCUUCACUGCCCUGCAGCGGAAUGUGAACAAGGAAAAUAAUGUCGCGGAGCAGCAUCUUAUUGAUAUGCUGUGUAUGAGUGGGUUUGAUAGAGAAGACGAGUGGGGGUUCCGGGCGCUUGAACCUUCACGGUGUUGUAUAUCCUCUAUAGCCCUGGUUCUCCUCAAAACGGGAAUUCAGCACCAUCCGAAUAGCGAGACGCCAGUCGAUAUAGAUUACCAUCAAAUGGCGACAGCACAGAAGCUGUUGUUGUUUUGGAGAAAACCCGCUCGCAAGUGCUGGUGGGACGGGAUUGAUGUUGAUUUACCGCCACUGGGUGAAGCAGGGAGUAAUAUAAAGCUAUGGGCUCGACGCGUCUGGACGUUGGAGCUUAGUUUGAUAUAACCAUAUACCCUUUUCUCGGAGCUCUUUGUAUCUAGCAUGGACAACGCUAUCGUAUACCGCGCAUAUUGUAAUGACCAUAACGAGU